AUGGCUGAAGGUACUUCAGUGAGGGAGCAUUGUCUUAGGAUGAUCUCUAAUCUAAAUACAUUGGAAGUUUUAGGUGCCGAUAUUGAUGGAGAAUCCCAAGUGGAUAUGAUACUCCAGUCACUACCAGAAUCAUUCAAGGAAAUCAGUUUUAACUAUAAUAUGAACAAAAAGGUUUAUACAUUGUCUGAAUUUAUGAAUGAGUUGGUAGCAGUGGAAGGCAUCCUUGGUACUUCUAGUGCUGAUGCCAAUAUGGCUGAAGCUUCUACUUCUCAAUCUAAGUUGAAAGGCAAGGGUAGAAAGAAGAAGAAGAAGAAGAAGGACUUUGCCAAGCAAGAUGGAAAACAAGUUGCAUUAGGAGUUACCAACAAAGGAAAGUGUUUUCCAUUGUGGUAA